CACUAGGUCUUGGUGAACUUGGUAAGUUUAACCCACGAGCAAUCGGAGAGAAUCACUUUAAAUUAAAACACAACCCUGGGCUGACAAAGCUCCACCCAUUCUGUCAAACCCAAACAAACCAGGAAACAAAGUCUGUUAUUCUUUCCCUGAGAGCAAACCAUUGCGAGACAGAUGACAAGAUUCACCUUCACACUAAAACCACAACUUCAACUGAGAAAGGACAGUUACAGACAGGAAUAAUGGAAUCCAGAAAGACUGACACUUCUACUUGCUGCAGAAAUUGAAUUUCAACUUCAGCCACAACUCAAAGUGAAAUGAGAAGCUGAUCCUGCACAGCUCUGCAGCAGGCAAACAAAGUUGCUAAAUUAGGCCUUCUGACUGGAGAUGCGCGGCCUGCUGACGACCCAGAACCAGAACUGCUAUCGAGAGCAGAUCCAGAAGGAGAUGUUCACCCGCUUGGCCUGGAAGGACCGCUAUGCUAAACUUUACCCAUCCUGCUACAAUCCCCGAAACGACACAGAGCCAACACAGCUGCCCCAUCUGCCUGCUGACCCCCGGGCUGUACUGCCUCCUGUUACAAGGACAACUGAGAAGCAGAGCGACCUUCUUCUUCCUGCUCCUCCACCUCCUCCUCGCCCAGUGUUCUCUUUGAAAGGAGAGGAGCGGCUCAGUGUGCCCCCCCAAAUGAGGCCAGUUUCUCCCCAGACCAGACAUGCACUCUAUCAGGACUCUUCUCACCAUGGCAAAGGACGGAAUCUAUACCUGCAAAGACGUGGCCGGAUUAGACCUGAGGAGAAGUUUGACUAUCCUUUGCUCUCGUCCUGGGAGUACGGGUGGAGGCUGGGUGACUACACUCUGGAUUACAGAACUCCGUCCCGCGCCAAAUCCUCGGUGGUGAAGAACACUUUCUAUGCCAGGAAUGGUGUGUUCAACAGCCCAUCGGCUACCGACACACUGGGCUGACGUUCAGCCUUCAGACACCAGACACCAGAGGUCGCUCUCUAAUGAGAGUGCAGCAAUCAAGCUUUGAUGUGAUAAACACUAUUCCUGACACACUUGUUUUAAUGCCCAAUAGUGCUAACAAAUCCCAAAGUGUCCUCCCAGCUCUUGUCAUUUGGGAAUUUAGGGGUAUUAUAAACCAUUUUGGGUUAUGAUCAUGACAAUUAUCCUCGGUACUUUCCAUUGAAACUACUGAAUACAGAAGUUUUUGUUAUA